UUUCGCUAUCCGCGCUAAACACAACCAAUUCUUCAAGACACACAGUCCAGUCUCCACCGGGUAGUUCCGAUGGCGUCAAUUGCCCUCCACUGACUCGCUGUGCCGACUCUUGCUGAGUGGGUUCCCCAUCUCGAAGUUUUCGGUGACUAAUCAGUCAACUCAUGGCUUUUCCCACAUCCUUCGAGAAAACCGGCUUUGGAUCUCGAAACCAGCAGUUACCGAUCUGUGAGAUUGAAAAGGAGAUUUGACAAACGCCAAGGAAAGAAGGUUCUUAUUGUCGCCAGGGAUAAAGGAGAACACCAGGAAAAAAAGGAGCCAUGGUCCACGCCGAUGCGUCCAACUUUGCCGACGGCGUCACCAAGGAUGAUGCAUAUGAGCAGGUGCUGUUACAGGCCGAAGGGCUCUUUUACGGUCAGCGCAACUGGGUCUGUAACCUGUCUAACGCAGCCUCACUACUAUGGCAUGCAUACAAGUCUCUUGCCGCCCCGAGCAAUGAAGUAAACUGGGCAGGAUUCUAUGUCCUAGAUCCCACGGCCAAGGAUCAGCUCAUUCUGGGACCAUUCCAGGGAAAAGUUGCCUGCCAGACGAUCCCGUUUGGACGAGGAGUAUGCGGUGCUGCUGCGGCCACGAAGACCACGCAACUAGUCGAGGAUGUGGAGAAGUUUCCCGGUCAUAUUGCGUGUGACAGUGAAAGCAAGAGCGAGAUUGUGGUUCCCAUCGUAUCGGGCGAUAAAGUCGUCGCAAUCAUUGACGUUGACUGCGCCGUCCUGAAUGGGUUCGACGAGACGGAUAAGAAGAACCUGGAGCAGCUUGCCGAGCUUCUGGCCAAGGGCUGUGAUUGGUAGACGAGAGUUAUAAAGAGAAUGUAAAAGGUUUUUGCGCCCUAAUAUUACGUGCAUACGAAUAUCGAUUAAUCGCUGCUUGCGUGAGAAGGGCGUACUCAGCCACGAUCGAGUCUCAAUGCAUUGGAGAGGCUUUGGUUUGUGUGACGUGCGACCUCGUAUCUAACAUCGAU